AUGAUCCACUUGUUGGACGAAGAAACCGCAUUCACGUGGGAUGAGAAUGAUACUGAUAAGGUCACUCGGACCGAUAACGAUAGUAUUAACGAAGAUGAUGACAUCAGCAACAACGAAUCGUGCCCGCCAUAUGAUAUCUUACCUUCGAAGGAUUUUGAUAAUAAUGAACAUGGUGGUAACGGUGGAAAUGAAGAUGUGGAUGUUGACAAUGUGCAAAAUAGUUUUCAGGUAUCAUUCGCACAUAACUUGAGCCAGGAGGAGUCAGAUGGUCCUAGUGGUGAUCACGACGAGGCACAGAUGGACAAUGAGGAGGCUCAAAAGCAGCAACAGAUCCUAGAGACACAUUGGAAGGUCAUGGCUAUGACAUUUUGGUCGCAAGGGGGUGCACUACAGGAAUCAGACACUUUGCCGUCUGCCAUGGCUAACGGCAAAGGCAUGCCUGGCGGACGGCAAAGUCCUUUGCCGUCCGCCAGCAGACGGCAACAGGUCCGGCAAAGAGCCUGGACGGCACACAUGGCAGGUUAGGUCUGUUAGGGGGUUAACGGCGUGCUUUGCUGUCUGCUGGCAGACGACAAAGACCAGUGCAUCUUUAUCGUCUGCCAGCGGACGGCAAAGUGACCAAAUAGGCCAGCCCUGCAACGGUCUUUGCCAU